AUGGCCGUACCGGCUGCUUUGAUCCCUCCGACCCAGCUGGUCCCCCCUCAGCCUCCGGUCUCAACUUCUGCCGCCUGCACCACCACCACCACCACCUCCUCCUCGGCGGCGGCGGCGGCCACCUCCUCUCCGUCUCCGUCCAUCGCUCCCCCGCCGGCCGCUUCGGGGACAAACCUAUUCCGGCCGGAACCCAUCGCAGCAGCGGCGGCCACAGUCACCUCCACCACCACCACCACCGGCGGCGGUAACGGCGGCGGCGGCGGCAGCCCCAGCCUGGGCACCGGCACCGGCAGCACCGGCAGCAGCAGCGGCAGCAGCAGCAGCAGCGGCAGCAGCACCUCCGCUCCCAAUGCCAGCGCGGCCAGCGUGGCCAGCAGCCUGCCCGGCAAGCCCGUGUACUCGACCCCGUCCCCGGUGGAGAACACCCCCCAAAAUAACGAGUGCAAGAUGGUGGAUCUGAGGGGGGCCAAAGUGGCCUCCUUCACCGUGGAGGGCUGCGAGCUCAUCUGCCUGCCCCAGGCUUUCGACCUCUUCCUGAAGCACUUGGUGGGGGGCUUGCACACGGUCUACACCAAGCUGAAGCGGCUGGAGAUCACGCCCGUGGUCUGCAACGUGGAGCAGGUCCGCAUCCUGCGGGGGCUGGGGGCCAUCCAGCCCGGGGUCAACCGCUGCAAACUCAUCUCCAGGAAGGAUUUCGAGACCCUCUACAACGACUGCACCAACGCCAGUUCUAGACCGGGAAGGCCUCCUAAGAGGACUCAAAGUGUCACCUCCCCAGAGAAUUCUCAUAUCAUGCCACAUUCUGUCCCAGGCCUAAUGUCUCCUGGAAUCAUUCCGCCAACAGGCCUGACAGCAGCAGCUGCAGCAGCAGCAGCUGCCACCAAUGCUGCCAUAGCAGAAGCAAUGAAAGUGAAAAAAAUUAAAUUGGAAGCUAUGUCCAACUAUCAUGCAAAUAACAACCAGCAUGGAGCAGACUCUGAAAAUGGAGAUCUGAAUUCAAGUGUCGGACUGGAACUUCCUUUUAUGAUGAUGCCCCACCCAUUAAUUCCUGUGAGCCUACCUCCAGCAUCUGUCACAAUGGCUAUGAGCCAGAUGAAUCACCUUAGUACCAUUGCCAACAUGGCAGCAGCAGCACAAGUGCAGAGUCCUCCAUCCAGAGUUGAGACAUCUGUUAUUAAGGAACGUGUUCCAGACAGUCCUUCUCCUCCUCCUUCUCUUGAAGAGGGUCGAAGACCUGGCAGCCACCCAUCCUCUCAUCGAAGCAGCAGUGUGUCCAGCUCUCCUGCACGGACUGAGAGCUCUUCAGACAGAAUCCCAUCUGUCCAUCAGAAUGGCCUAUCUAUGAACCAAAUGCUGAUGGGCUUGUCACCAAAUGUCCUUCCUGGACCUAAGGAGGGUGAUCUGGCUGGUCAUGAUGUGGGACAUGAGUCAAAAAGAAUACACAUUGAGAAAGAUGAGACCCCGCUCUCCACACCAACCGCAAGAGACAGUCUUGACAAGCUUUCUCUAACUGGGCAUGGGCAACCGCUACCUCCAGGUUUUCCAUCUCCAUUUCUAUUCCCGGAUGGAUUGUCCUCCAUAGAGACCCUUCUGACUAACAUCCAGGGUCUACUAAAGGUUGCUAUAGACAAUGCCAGAGCUCAAGAGAAACAGGUCCAACUGGAAAAGACAGAGCUAAAGAUGGAGCUCUUCAGGGAACGAGAACUGAGGGAAACACUUGAAAAACAGUUGGCUGUGGAGCAGAAGAACAGAGCAAUAAUUCAGAAAAGGUUAAAGAAGGAAAAGAAGGCAAAGAGGAAAUUGCAAGAAGCACUUGAAUUUGAGACUAAACGACGGGAGCAAGCAGAACAGACACUGAAACAGGCAGCUUCAACAGAUAGUCUCAGGGUCCUAAAUGACUCUCUGACCCCAGAGAUAGAAGCUGACCGCAGCGGGGGCAGAACAGAUGCUGAAAGGACAAUACAAGGUUCACUAGAUGCCUAUGCCUAG